CAUUUUUUUUCUGGCCAGCUUGACACGGGUCUCGCGCAAUACGCAGGUCCCCCAUCAGCACAGACACGAUGACGGACAUGAUCUCGGCUGUGCGGAUCUCGGUGCUCGGCCUCCUCCUGUGCCUGCAGCUGGGCAAAGCUUCAGCCCGCAGCCCUCGCACGGCGGACCAGGUGUCUGAAGCCGACAUCCAGCGCCUCCUGCACGGCGUCAUGGAGCAGCUGGGCAUUGCUCGGCCCAGGGUGGAGUAUCCGGCUCAUCAGGCCACCAACAUCGUGGGGCCUCAGAGCAUUCAGGGUGGUGCUCACGAGGGGCUGCAGCACCUCGGCCCCUUUGGAAACAUCCCAAACAUUGUGGCUGAGUUGACCGGAGACAACGUUCCCAAAGACUUCAGCGAGGAUCACGGGUACCCAGACCCUCCGAACCCCUGUCCCCUGGGGAAGACAGCAGCAGACGGCUGUUUGGAAAACGCUCCGGACACAGCCGAGUUCAGCAGAGAGUUUCAGAAACACCAGCACCUGUUCGACCCCGAGCACGACUACCCAGCGCUGGCCAAGUGGAACAAGGAGCUUUUGUACCAGAAAUUGAAGGGUGGACCCAAGAGAAGAAAAAGGAGUACGAACCCAUACCUGAUGGGACAGAGGCUCGACAACGUUGUCGCCAAAAAGUCUGUCCCUCACUUCUCUGAGGAAGAGGAGGAAGAGGCACCGACCGUCCCUGCUGCCAGCAGAACCACCACCUAAACUCCUGCGCCUGCAGCACUCUGUAAUAUUUAAGGCUGUUUGAAUGGACUGGAUAUGCAAGUUUUCAACACAAUGAAUUUAAGCAUUUUGGUAGACGAGCAAUGGUUUUUGACUUCACUGCAAGGACUGUAAAAUAGAAAAUGUGACAGCUUUUGUUUCAAACGUCAAGGAAAAAACAUAAAGCUCCUAAAGCAAAACGGAUAAUAAACUGUAUGAGAGACUGUGAGAUGAGUAUCCUUUACAAUGCAAGUAUCUGGAAUCAGUAUUCAAGAUCCUGGCCAUUAAUAGUCCAACAAAUACGUUUCAGUUCACAAACAAUUAUAGGUCAGCCAUUUACAAUGUCAGUCAACCAUUUAACCCAAAAUGCUGAAAUACAAUGUGUUUAAAUCUUGCAGGCAGUGUACAUUAUAUCUACAAGUGUAUUAUAAUGAGGAGUUGAAUACAGAUUUGGGGGAAUGUUAUUCUUAUUCAUGACUGUACAGAAAUGAAUUUACUCUCUCUGAAGUUUCUGACGGUACGUUUUUUGUAUGUCUUGAUAUUUCCAGUUAAUCACGUCUGAUGCAAACAUUCAAUAAAGCUCAUAUUCUUCGUCAUGUGAAGGAUGACUUUAAAUGUCACUGUAGCGUGGUAAAUACUCUACCUAAUAUACUGAUGUACCUAUAUCUGCUUCUGUCGCCAUACUGCAGUAUAUAAGUCUCUACAGGCAGCACUGAAUCUGUUGUGUUACUUCAUCCAGCCGAAUAAAUGUUUGUGUUAUAUUUUUGUUCUGUAAAGUCAAAUAAACGAUUUCUCUGCAUUGACAAA